GACAAGAACAGCGGGGGCAAUAUUCCCGUACCCGUCUUCGACGGCACGAGCAAGACGAUGAAGAGGUUCCGCCGGGAGGUAGCCACCUGGCAGAUUGGCACCGAGGUCGAGCUGCCCAAGCAGGGCGCGACGCUUUUGGCCAGCCUCAAGGGCAAGGCCGAGGAGGCGCGCGAGGAGCUCGGCCUGGAGGCCGUCAAGGGCGACGACUCGGUGGAGGUUUUCUUGGAAUAUCUCGGGAAGCGCCUUCCCGAGAUCGAGGUGCUGGAGUUGCCGGCGCUCCUGGAGACAUCCGUGGAGCCGGCGUGCAUCCAGCGCAAGUUCGAGGAUAUCCGCGAUUUCACCAGUCGCUUCCACGGCAUUGCGACGAAGCUGAGGGCUAAGGACAUACAGGUGCACGGCGAGGUCUUGGCCGAGCUGUGCAUCAAGGGCGCCCGCCUGCCACCAGAGCGCGCGGCGAGCGUGCUCAACGGCGUGGGCGGCAAUUUCAAUCCGACGAAGAUCCAGGGGCAGCUCGCGAUCAAUUUGCCCCAAGCAUCGGUCGUGGACGGCCGCGAGGAGCAGCGCAGCGACAGAGGCGGCUACGGAGGUCGCAAAAAGGGCCACGAGAAGGUGCGCGCCACGGAGCUCCGGGGCUACGGCGACGACCUGCCGGACGAGCUACAGGACGUGAUGGGCGAGGCGGAGGGGCAGGUGGCUUUCUUCGCCAAGAAGAUGGCGCGCGCCAAGGACCAGCUAAAGGAGGCCAAGCAGGCGCGCGUCUACUUCGCCGAGCGAGGCGGCGGGCGCCCGCCGAAGAAGGGCGACGCCAAGAUCGCCGGGGCCGACAUCCCACGAAAGCGAAGUUACAAGACGAACGUGACUACGAACGACGGGGCCGGCGACGCGCAGGGGCCCCGCGUCGCGGAGAUGACGGUCGCGGCGGUCUACCAGCACGAGCAGCCCAGAGCGGUGCCCGAGGAGGUGGCGGCCGCCUCGUUCUACAUCAACAAGGACAACCAGUGCCUCAUGGCCGCGACGGUUUCGGCGCUCAUCUACACCAGCGUCGAAGACCUACCCCAUGAGUCGGGCGGCAAGCUGACUUUCGACGCCGCCUGCUCGCGGUGCGUCGGCUGCCUGGGCUGGUGCAACGAUGUCAAGAAGAAGCUGGCGGCCUUCAACGUCCAUCCGAUCGAGUGCCCGGAGAAGGAGCCGUUCCGCUUCGGAGCGCCCAGGGUUGAAUGCAGCCUCAAGACGACGCUGAUUCCCUGCGCGGUGAAUGGCAAGGCCUGCGCCGUGCGCGUGAGCAUCGUGCGCGGCGCCGUGCCGGGGCUGUUCAGCCGCCAGGCCCAGAGCGAAUUGGGCAUUGUCUACCGCGCGGGGGACAACAAGCUGGACAUCAAGUCCGUCAGCGAGCACGGCGUCCAGAUGGGCCUGGGCUGCGCCAGGCGCCCGACGCUCGAGAUUGCAGGCUUUGCGCCGAGCUGCGAGCCCGUGUCGGGCGUCUCGGACGCCGAGACCGAGAUCAGGCUGCAUCCUUUUGCGACUUACCACGCUGAGACAGCCGUGGCCAGCGCCGCCAAGCUGGCUGCGCCCGAGUGCUGCGACCAAGGGGUCGCCUCGGAGGCCGACGAGUCUCAGUCGGAGACUGACUGCGACGAGCUCGAUAGCGCUGAACUGUUCGAGCAGCAAGUGCGCCAGUCAUCAAACGGCAUCAUCGCCGCAGCCAUCCGGCUUGAGUUCAUCGCGAGCUCCAGCAGCUUUUACGACGCGUGCCGUGGCAGGUCCAGCCACCGCUGUUUUUUCGCGAACCAGCGGCCCGCGUUCAUGCCCCCGUCGCAGCGGAAAUGCACGACAUCUCCCAGGGCGACGAACCGGGAGGCCAGCUACUCGAACGUGCCGACGCCGAGUACUUCCCCCCUGCCGGCGAUCUCCAGCAUGCAGAUGGGGGACCUACAGGCGGAGGUGGCAAGCUACGAGUUGGAUGUGCGCGACGCGACGUGCGACCAGCUCCGAGUCAUCCUGCGCGCGUUGAGGGCCAAGGGCCAGGAGAAGCAGGCGCAGGACACCCCCGGGCUCGGCAAGAUGCACAAGCACGAUCUCCAGGAGUUGUGCAGGAUGAAGGACAUCGACUUCGACCAGCACGCGACCGUGCCGAAGCUCAGGCAGCGCCUGAAGGGCUGGAAGGUCGAGAACGCGGUCAGCGGCGCCUCGAGCAACAUGGCCCAUCCAAGCUCGCAGAUCACGGGGGGCGACAAGAUGCGCUUCGGCAAGUACCCGACCGCGGAUUACCGCUGGGUGCUCAAGAACGACCUGGGCUACGCGCGGUGGGUCAAGGCUCACGGAGUGAAGCCGCUCGAGCCAGAGAAGGCCAAGACCGCCAUCGAGGCGGUGAUGGCCGAGGAGGUGGUCCUAGACGACGAGUCGGUGACGCCGGCGGCGACGACCAAGCGGGCCUCAGCAAGCCGAGGCAGCUGGGCGGGUCACCGCCGCCCGAGGCCGGUCGAGGGGUACGAGAUGGACACCGGCGACCGCGGUUUCCAGAAGGCGGGUGAGGAGACCGACCAGGAGACGGACGCGGGCCAGCCGCCAGCCUCGGGCCGGCGGUCAGGCGUCAAGAAGGGCAAGCGCGUCGGCCUACUCGACCAGGUCACGGGCUUGCUGAGCGCCUUCGCUUUUCAGGCGGUGCUCGCGGCGGACUGGUUGUCCCAACUUAUCAAGCCGUUCGCGCAGUAUGCGACGAGCGCCGCGCAGGACGUGGCGGACCACGCGAGGAACGUUAAGGAGGUCUACGCAGUCCGGAGCCACGGCGUGGACGUCAUGCAGGUGUUCGGAGGCGAAGGCGGUAUUGCCGAGGCGGCAGUGCGCCGCAACGUGACAGCCGCUGAGGUGAUCGACCGUGAGUACGGCUGGGACCUCCGCAAUCAGACGGACCUGGAGAUGACGCACGAGCGGUGCUACGCAUCGAGGCCGAAGUUCGUGUCGAUCGAGCUACCCUGCACCUGCUGCGCGAACAUUGCGCACCUCAACUUCCGCGCGCCGCAGGGCAAGCAGGCGCUGCGGCGCGGCGUCGCCAUGAUCGAGAACCCGGCCACCAGCUGGAUCUGGGCGCGGCGCAUCAUGAUGGAGCUACUUGCCGACAAGCGCGUGUACCAGGUGAGGUGCGAUAUGUGCGAGUACGGGGCUCGACGCUGCAAGGCGGGGGGGCUCAUCAAGCACCCCUCCAAGCUGCUCGUCACCCACAAGGAGUUCGAGCGGCUACGCCGCGCCGGUAGCCACGCGCGCCGCGACCAGACGUUCGGGGACAACUUGGCGGUGCGGAAGUCUGGCGUUUACCCGGCCAAAUUCUGCCGAGCGGUGGUGCGCGUCGUCGAGCAGAUCGUUCGCCAGCAGGGUGUUCCUUGCGCCUGCCAGGUGGGCUGCGGCGCUUCCUCGUCGCCCUUCGUCGCGACGGAGCUGAAGGGGCAGGCCGCCGCCUACGUGAACGAUGCCGCGCCCCUGGGAAAGACGGGCGAGCCUAUUGGGGGCCCAGGCCCCAUGGGCGGCGGAGACGACUUCGCCGACGCUCACGACGUGGAGGCCGACGAGACUGUGGGCGGCAGGGUCGGGGUCGGCGCGAUUACUUUCACAAAGAACGCAGCAGCCUGCUGCAAGCCGGCCGAGCUGGCCAUGCUCAAGAGACCCCACGUCAACUUGGGCCACCCGUCUAAUGGGGACUUGGGCCGCAGUCUGCGACUCAAGGGCGCUAAGUCGGCCGCCGUGCAGGCCGUCAAGGGGCUGAUCUGCGGAGUGUGCCGCUCGCAGCAGCGCCCGAGCGCAAGGGGGCCAGCGCGCCCCCACUCCGUGCAGGAUUUCGGCGACGACUUGGGCUUCGAUUGCUUCGAGCUCAAGGACGUCGACGGCGAGAUCUACUGGUACUUCAGCAUCGUCGACUUGGCCACUACCUUCCACGUCGCGACGCUGUUCGGUCGCCGCGCCAGCCAGGAGUUCGCUGCGGCCUUCGAGAGGUGCUGGGCCUCCUGGGCCGGCGUCCCGGACCGAGUCUACUUCGACAUGGAGAGGGGUUUCGGCGGCGUUCUCAGCGAGCUGUUCCAGUCUUUCGACACGGUGCAGCUGCCUAUCGCUGGACAGGCCCACCGGCAGCUCGGUCGAGUGGAACGUCAGGGGGCCUGGUGGAAGGAGCUCGCUGCAGGGGCGAUCGAGCACUCGUCGAUCAGGGGCGAAGACGAGAUGCGGGCGCUGGGCAUCAUGGCGUCGGGCGCGAAGAACUCGCUGAGGAGGCGGGCCGGCUUCAGCCCCGCGCAGUGGGUGCUGGGGCGCGACCCCAAGAUGCCCGCCGACCUGGUGGGCGACGCGGCCAAUUUCAGCGCCCGCAGCCUCGCCACCAAUGACGAGAAUAUUCGCCGCCGAUUUGCUAUUCGGACGGCGGCGCGCGAGUCGUUCAUGCGGAUGCAGAACGACGACCAGCUCAGACGAGCGAUGCUGGCUCGCGCGCGCAUCGUGGCCACGCCCUUGUCAGUGGGCGAGAUGUGCUACAUUUUCCGCCAAGUCAAGAAGGGGGAGAAGGAGCAGCACAACCGCAACGCCAAGAAGGGCAUCUGGCGGGGGCCGUGCGUGGUCAUCGGUCACCAGAGCAACGACGCCUGGGUCUCGCUGAAAGGGCGCACCAUGCUGGUGGCCCCGGAGCAUAUCAAGGCGCUUGCUCCGGACGACGUCUGGUUCCCGAACGGCCGGGGCGAGAUCGGCCAGGCCGUGGCCGAGCUCAACGGGGCUCGCGGUUCACUCGAGCAGGUCCAGCCAGACGAGAUGGAGCAGGCGUGGCGGGAUUUCAUCGACAGCCCAGACGACGACGACCCGAGGCUGAACGUUCCUGAGGACCCGAAGCCCCAGGAGCAGAUCGAGGUGCUGCCCGCCGACCGAGCCGACGUGCCUCAGUCGGCCUUGGAGGAGCAGCCCUGCGGUCCCGUCGAGUUCCGACGACGGCGAGCGACCUUCGACGGGGCGGACAGCGGCGAUUUCGGCCCAGCCCCCAUGCGCCUGCAGACCGCCAAGGAGCACGCGGGCUCUGGAGUACCGCCCCCGAGGGCAGCCUCGCGCGAUCGGGCGGCCGCGCCCGGCGGCGGAGCAGCGGCCGGAUGCGAGCCGGAGGGCGCUAGAGAGCGUUCGAGGUCGGCUCCCAGAGAAGCGAUGCAGACCUCCAUCGUCACCGAGAGGAUCAAGCGCAAGCAAGCCGACAAGGAGAUCCAUUGUAGGGCCAUCAAGGACUCCGACAGGGAGCUCUACCGAGAGGCGGCGGCCAAGCAGUGGAGCGAGUGGCAGAUGCACGGAUCCUGUCAGGUGCUCACCAUCGAGGAGUCCGAGGCGGUCAGGGGCAGGGUCCCAGGGUCAAGGAACGCGCCGCUGCGGACCGACGAGCACCCGCUGCCAGUCAAGGCCAAGGCCCGACUCUGCGUCGGGGGUCACAUGGACCCGCGUCUCGCUCAGGGCGACCUGCGCACAGACGCGCCUACGGUCACCCGCAACUCGACUAUGCUGUUCUUCACCAUCUGCCAGAGGUUCGACCUGGAGAUUUACGCAGCGUGCGUGGAGGCGGCUCUCAUGCAAGGCGACGAGCAGCCCGACCAGCAGUUGUGCAUGGCUCAGCCCCGCGAGGGCCCUGGGCUGCACCAGAUGCAACUGAUCAAGAUCCUCGAGGGAGUCUUCGGGCUAGCCACCGCACCGCGACACUGGUGGGCUAAGCUCAAAAGGACCUUGCUUGCGGUGGAGGAGAAGCUAGGUGACUACGUGUUUCGCCUUCGCCAGCAUUCGCUGGAUCCAGCGCUGUACUACGGCUGCGACAAGCACGGGAAGCUGUGCGCUGUGGUGGUCGCCCACGUGGACGACCUGCUGCUGGGCGUCUCGCCCAAGUGCCCGAGCCUGUGCGACCGGCUCUACAAGCUCCUGCCGUGGGGCGAUUGGAGAGGCUUGCCAUUCACCUUUUGUGGCAAGCAGGCGCGGCGCGAUGAGGAGGGGGUCCUACACCUACGCCAGACGGAGUGCGCGAACACGAUCGACCAGAUCGCGUUCAGCAAGGAGCGCAAGACGGAGCUGUCGGCGGAGGCGUCGCCAGCCGAGACCUGCUCGACGAAUCGACUCAUCAAGCUGGCGCGGAAGUACGCGGACGUGGGACUGGAAUUCCCGAAGCUACGUGGACCGCUUUGCCUGGUCACGUACCACGGCGCCAGCUGGGCCACUGCUGACGAGCCACCUGAAGGUGUCAUAGCUACGCUACUCACCAAGAUCGUGGGCAGCAAGGACAAUAAUAUCAAGAUCCUCUCGCAGGCCGGCUACGCGACGUUCAUCGCCGAGGCUAAGCUGUUGCGCGGCGACAAGGCGCGAGCGGGAAUCGUUGAUUGGCGAUCGGGCACCAGCGAGAGGGUUUGCAGAUCCACUUUGGCAGCUGAGACGAUGUCACCGGUAGACGCACUAGGCUGUGCUCAGAUCGCACGCUGUGUUUUCGCUUCGCUGGAGAUGCAGGAUCCUCAUCUGGAAGAUGUCCCACCGAGUUUGCUGCCGCUUGCUCAGGUCACAGAUUGCGCUAGCUUGUUCGAUGCGAUGCACAAGGACGGUUGCUCCAAGCUCCCGUCAGAGCG